AUGGUUGCCGUGCCAGUCUGGGCCUUGAAGGUCGGCUGCUUCUAUGCCUUUAUAACAUGCGACACUCCCCCCGGUGUUUGGCCUCAGAGCUCGCCGACUGUCAUUGCCUACCGUCCUCCGACCUCUACGCCGACCUCUACGCCUACCAGUGUUCCUACCAGUGUUCCUACUAGUGUUCCUACUAGUACUGGCGUGAGCUCGACUGCGAUUCUCACUUCGACUGCAUCGUCGACUUCUGUCUCGGUGUCGGGGUCUUCCUCUGCCACUCAUAGCGGUAGUUCGCCUACAGCCACUGUUACUCCCACCACCACCUUUGUGACUGUUACAACGUCGAACGCAAGUCCUACCGGAUCUCCUUCAAGCUCAGAGACUGUCACUCUCCCGUCCAGCACCGCUGUUCACACCGGAACUUCGACUUUCACCGGUUCUUCGUCUGCAGUCUCGUCUUCCUCUACAGUCUCGUCUUCCUCUGCAGUCUCGUCUUCCUCUGUCGUUUCGUCUUCCUCUGCAGUUUCGUCUUCCUCUGCAGUCUCGUCUUCCUCUGCAGUCUCGUCUUCCUCUGCAGUCUCGUCUUCCUCUGUCGUUUCGUCAUCUCCGGUCUCGUCUCCGGUCUCAUCCACACCUAUUUCGUCAAGUGCUACCGCGACUACUCCCACAAUGUCCGUCACGCCGUCCGCGUCUCCAACUGCUAUCAGCCACGCUGUUUCAGCUGAGAUCCUGGUCAUUGCCAGAGAUGCUGCUUCCGCAAAGGUUGCCAGCUCUGGACUUAAUGGAUACGGUAUCCCAUUCAGCACUCUGAUCGUUCCCGCCACUGGUGCCGCCCUGCCCGACCUCAAUGGCACUGCUGGAGGAAACUUCGGUGGUAUUGUCAUCUCUGGCGAAGUCAGCUAUGACUAUGGUGCAACGGGAUACCAGAGCGCUUUGACCACUGACCAGUGGACUCAGCUCUAUGCUUAUCAGCUUGAGUAUGGCGUUCGCAUGGUGCAGUACGAUGUUUACCCAGGCCCCAAAUAUGGUGCUAGCGCUCUUGGUGGUUGCUGUGACAAUGGCGUUGACCAACUUAUCUCUUUCACUGAUAUCAGUGAUUUCCCCACAUCCGGACUCAAGACUGGCGCCGGUGUCAGCACCACUGGCCUCUGGCACUAUCCCGCGACUAUCAGCAACACCACCUCCACCAAGCAAAUUGCCGCAUUCUCUCCCACCACUGGCUUCCCCGAUGAGAGUGUCGCUGCUGUUAUCAACGACUUUGAUGGCCGUCAGCAGAUGGCAUUCUUCAUUGGAUUUGACACUGUUUGGAGUUCUACUUCCAGCUACCUGCAGCACGCAUGGAUUACCUGGAUUACCCGCGGACUGUACGCUGGACACCGUCGUGUCCACCUGAACACCCAGAUUGACGACAUGUUCCUCGAGUCCGAAAUUUAUCACCCCGCUGGAAAUAACUUCCGCAUUCGCGCUUCCGACAUGGCCAACAUCGCCUCGUGGUCUGAUGAUAUCAACAGCAGGAUGCCCCCUGGCAGUGCCUACUUUGUUGAAGUUGGUCACAACGGUAACGGAAACAUCGAAAACUCGUCCGAUAGCUCAGAAGCUGGCUGGGACGCUUGCGGAUCUGCCAUUGAGUAUGACUCACCUCCUGACACUGAUCUCGAGUGGAAGAAGCCUCUCGGAACCGGCACUAACCUGUGGCCCGACACACCCAAAACCUACGACUGGACCGAGACUUGCACCGCCAUGGAUGAGCUCCUUGCGUGGUGGACUACCGAAAGCAACCUCAACAAGUUCGGCCACAUCUCCCACACCUACACUCACCUGGAGCAGAACAACGCCACCUACAGCGAUGUGCUCAAGGAGAUUAGCUUCAACCAGGCCUGGCUCAAGGCUGUCGGUAUCGACAAGGCUACCAAGUUCACCUCCAACGGUAUCAUUCCUCCUGCCAUUACUGGUCUUCACAACGGUGACGCCCUUCGCGCCUGGUGGGAGAAUGGCAUUACCAACUGCGUUGGUGACAACACUCGCCCUGCCUUGCUGAACCCCGUCAAUGACAUGUGGCCCAUCUUUACCACCUUCGAUAACGACGGAUUCGAUGGUAUGCAGAUCAACCCUCGCUGGGCCACUCGCAUUUACUACAACUGUGACACCCCCGAAUGUACCACCCAGGAAUGGAUCGACACCUCAGCUGGUGUCGGUACCUUCCAGGAUCUUCUGGAAACCGAGAAGGCCGACACCAUGCGCCAUCUCUUCGGUCUCUACCACGAUGGAUACAUGUUCCACCAGGCCAAUCUUCGGAACGUUGAUGUCGAGCCCAUCACCAUCAACGGCGUGGCGAAGAAGUACUCUAUCAUGCAGGCUUGGGUUGAGACCCAGGUGCAGGAGUUUGUCCGUCUGGCUGAAUGGCCCAUCAUCACUCUCACUCACCAGGAGAUGUCCGCCGGUUUCCUCGCCCGUUACAACCGUGACAAGUGUGGUUACUCUCUGAAAUACGUCACCGAGAACAAGAAGAUUACCGGUGUCACCGUGUCUGCCACCGGCAACACUUGCUCUGAGGCUAUCCCUGUGACUUUCCCCGUUGCUCCCACCAGCACCCAGGGCUUCACCACUGAGAAGUUGGGCGUCGACCCCCUGACCGUCUGGGUCAACCUUUCCGGGUCCCCUGUUACAUUCACUCUUUCCACUCCCAUUUCCUUGUAA